UGUUUAAUAACUGCUUGAGAUGUAGAGAUUCACUUCUCACUACAAUAUUUUCCUCCUUUAUCUAUUUUCAUGUUGAAAUAUUCCAGCUAGUAGAUUUGAUAAAGCCCCCCCCCAUCCUUUUUAAAGGGAAAAAGAAUAUGCUUUCUAUUCAUAGCUGAGAUAAGGAAGGGUUUUUUUUUUUUUUUCAUGGUGCCGGAGUGGCUGGUCAAAAGGUGUAGCUCUGCCUGCGUGUUUGCUGUUAAUUUGUGCUCGGACAGCUGUCUGUGAAGCCAAGGGCGAAGGGGCUGCGAGUUGGUGCCGCUGCCGAGGAGAUGGAGCGCUUCUUGGGCUUUGUCAAGCAGAUAAGAAGAUCGAGAAGAAGAAAAGGCAAAAAGUACCGGCCAGAGGAGGAUUACCAUGAGGGUUAUGAGGAUGUUUAUUAUUAUGCCUCGGAGCAUUUUCGAAAUGAGAGUCCUUACACGAAAUCUGCAAACCAGGCAAGGCCACCUGACGGAGCACUGUCCCUGAGGAGACAGAGCAUUCCAGAGGAAUUCAAGGGCUCAACAAUAGUUGAAUUAAUGAAAAAAGAAGGCACCACCCUGGGGCUCACAGUUUCGGGUGGAAUUGACAAGGAUGGGAAGCCAAGAGUGUCGAACCUUCGCCAAGGAGGAAUUGCUGCUAGGAGUGACCAGCUGGAUGUAGGUGACUACAUCAAGUCUGUGAAUGGAAUCAACCUGACCAAAUUUCGCCAUGAUGAGAUCAUCAGCCUACUCAAGAACGUUGGCGAGAGGGUUGUUUUAGAAGUGGAGUAUGAGCUCCCUCCAGUCUCUGUACAAGGAUCAGGUGUCAUCUUUAGAACUGUGGAAGUUACUUUGCAUAAAGAGGGGAACACUUUCGGAUUUGUAAUAAGAGGUGGAGCACAUGAUGACAGAAAUAAAUCUCGUCCUGUUGUAAUAACAUGUGUUAGACCUGGAGGGCCUGCUGACAGAGAGGGCACAAUCAAACCCGGAGACAGGUUGCUGAGUGUUGAUGGGAUCCGACUCCUUGGAACAACACAUGCAGAAGCUAUGAGCAUUCUCAAACAAUGCGGACAGGAGGCAACUCUGCUGGUUGAAUAUGAUGUCUCAGUAAUGGAUUCAGUAGCAACAGCAUCUGGGCCACUGCUCGUUGAAGUUGCCAAGACUCCUGGUGCUGCUCUUGGGGUUGCACUAACUACCUCGAUGUGCUGCAACAAACAGGUCAUUGUCAUAGACAAAAUCAAAUCUGCCAGCAUUGCAGACAGAUGUGGUGCAUUACAUGUAGGAGACCAUAUUCUGUCUAUUGAUGGCACCAGCAUGGAGUACUGUACGUUGGCAGAAGCAACGCAGUUCUUGGCUAAUGCAGCGGAUAAUGUCAAACUUGAGAUCCUGCCUCACCACCAGACACGUCUAGCACUGAAGGGACCAGAACACGCAGCUUUGGUGUCUUCAUCCUUCUCUCCUACCUCCAUGAGUGCAUACAGCCUGAGUUCCCUGAACAUGGGGACCUUACCUCGCAGCCUCUACUCCACCAGCCCGCGCGGGACAAUGAUGAGGCGGAGGAUGAAAAAGAAGGACUUCAAAAGCUCCUUGUCUUUAGCCUCUAGCACUGUUGGUUUGGCUGGGCAGGUCGUCCACACAGAAACCACAGAAGUAGUGCUGACAGCUGACCCCAUUGUAGGGUUUGGGAUACAGCUCCAGGGUAGCGUGUUCGCUACAGAGACCUUGUCUUCUCCACCUCUCAUUUCCUAUAUUGAGUCUGACAGUCCGGCAGAAAGGUGUGGGGUCCUGCAAAUAGGAGACAGAAUAGUGGCAAUAAACGGUAUCCCGACAGAAGACAGCACGUUUGAUGAGGCCAAUCAGCUGCUCAGAGACUCCUCUAUCACCAACAAGGUCACUCUGGAAAUAGAGUUUGAUGUUGCAGAAUCAGUUAUACCAAGCAGUGGAACAUUUCAUGUAAAACUACCAAAGAAGCAUAACGUGGAACUUGGCAUCACCAUAAGUUCUCCAUCCAGUAGAAAACCAGGGGACCCUCUGGUUAUUUCUGAUAUCAAGAAAGGAAGUGUUGCUCACAGAACUGGGACACUAGAACUGGGUGAUAAGUUGCUUGCAAUAGAUAACAUUCGACUGGACAAUUGCUCAAUGGAGGAUGCUGUCCAGAUCCUUCAGCACUGUGAGGACCUUGUAAAGCUAAAGAUCCGCAAAGAUGAAGAUAAUUCUGAUGAACAGGAGAGCUCUGGAGCAAUUAUUUAUACUGUUGAGCUCAAGCGCUAUGGUGGGCCUCUUGGAAUUACGAUCUCUGGUACUGAAGAGCCCUUUGAUCCCAUCAUCAUUUCCAGCCUUACAAAAGGAGGAUUAGCUGAAAGAACUGGGGCAAUUCACAUAGGAGACAGAAUCCUAGCAAUAAAUAGCAGCAGCCUGAAAGGAAAACCUUUGAGUGAAGCCAUUCAUUUAUUACAGAUGGCAGGAGAAACUGUCACCUUGAAAAUCAAGAAGCAGACAGAUGCUACCAGUCCCAAGAAGUUUUCUGUCCCCGGUCACAUAAGUGAACUGAGCGAUGCUGAAGAUGAGACCUCUACUGCCCAGAAAUCUGGCAAACUCUCAGACAUCUAUUCCACUACAGUCCCAAGCGUUGACAGCGCAGUAGAGUCGUGGGAUGGCUCUGGUAUUGAUACCAGCUUUGGAAGUCAAGGAACCAGCUUUCAGGCUUCAGGAUACAACUUCAACACCUAUGAAUGGAGGAGUCCUAAACAGAGGGGCAGUUUGUCCCCUCCAAGUAGACCACGAAACCACCCAUUUCAUGACACAGGUUUGAGCGAUGAUGAAUGGGACCGAUCCACAGCAAGUGGCACAGCUUCUAAGAGUGUGUGGCAACAGAAAGAGACUGAAACACUGGGAGAGAAUCAAGAAAACCAUUCAAAGCAAACUUCCGUAGAAAGAUCAGGAGGAGAGAGCAUCAGGAGCGUCAAGAAAGAGGGCAAGCAGUGGAAAGGUGCCUCUGGCGGGCAAAGGAAAGGUGGGGGACAGCUGGAAGAGUGGAAUACUUCCAGCUUUGCAGGUACCCAUGAUAACACCGAGGCUGACCAGGAGGAAAAUUUCUGGUCUCAGGCUCUGGAGGAUUUAGAGACCUGUGGCCAGUCAGGAAUUCUGAGGGAACUAGAGGACAAGGCUGACAGGCGUCUGUGUUUGAGAAACAUGACUCUCUUGGCCACAAUUAUGUCAGGAAGUACAAUGAGUUUGAAUCAUGAAAACCCACAGCCUCGUAGCCAGCUGGGAAGACAAGCCAGCUUCCAGGAAAGAAGUACUGUAAGGCCACAUUACAGUCAAGCUACCCGUAGCAACACAUUGCCAUCAGAUGUGGGGAGAAAGUCCAUGGUUCUGAGAAAAAUUAAGCAAGAAAUGAAAGAAAUCAUGUCACCAACUCCUGUGGAGUUACACAAGGUAACUUUGUACAAGGACUCUGAUGGAGAGGAUUUUGGGUUCAGCGUCUCUGAUGGUUUAUUGGAAAAAGGAGUUUAUGUUAAAAACAUUCGUCCAGCUGGACCUGGGGAUCUGGGUGGUUUAAAACCAUAUGACAGACUUCUACAGGUGAACCAUGUUCGUACCAGAGACUUUGACUGUUGCCUAGUUGUGCCCCUCAUCGCAGAAUCUGGCAAUAAGCUGGAACUGGUUAUUAGCAGAAACCCACUGGCAACGCAGAAAGGAAGCUCAGAACAACAGACUUCAGCAAGUGGGGAAUGGAGCGAUCAAAACAAUGCCUUCCUUCAACAGACUGGACAUGCUGUUAAUACAGAGACACGGGAUCCUACAAAUACAUUAUAGCAGAAAAUCAUUUCAGUGGGACAUUUGGUAAUGAAAGACAAUUAUGGUGCUAAAUCCCUUUAAGACUCCUCUGAGACUGAGGCUCAGAUGUCAUAUGGCACUAAAAAGCACAGGAGGAUCAGUCUGUCCGUCUCAAGGCUUAUAUAAAUUCAUGCUCACAUUUGAAAGACUUUUAAUUCAUAGUUAAGUCAUUCCAUUCUAAGCAACCUACCAUUAGCAACAGUGAACAAAAAAACAUAAAGGCCUUUUUUUUACCCCCCAAAAAGAAAACAGGGAGACGUUUAAACAUGAUUUAGAUAUUCCUUCCCCUCAAACAGCUGCUGUGGUUUGAGGGGAAAGCAUGGAAUUAACCUCUCCUAACAGUGGUAUCUAGGUUAUAUUGUUUUUAAAAACAUUUUUUAACAGCCAAUGACUGGCUGAGAAUGAGUAAGAACGGCAUGCUGCACCUUGUUUUCUUGUAAAUUAGGUAGAACUGGAAUUUUGGGGAACAUUAUUCCACUGGCAGAAAGGGCAUACUCUUCAGAUAAAGCACUGUUUAGACAUUUUAACAAAAUUCACAUAGGAAGCUGCAGUAUGUGGUGAACAUUAUUCCUCAACUGUGGUAAAUUUUUAUUAGAACAUAUGUUAUUCCCUAUGCAAUGAAAUAUUUAAUGAUAUUAAAACCUAUAAGGUUUUUUUUUUUAAGCAGAGACUUUUUAGACAGUGGGAUAAGACAUCUGAAGAAGGAUUACUGACAAGAAUAAAACCGAAAUGAGUUUAGACAAAUUAGGUUUUAAAGAAAAUGGAUUUUUUAAACUAUAUCCAAGAUUGAUAUGAAAGCUCUUUAAUGAUCCAUAAAACUCUAAACUUGUAGUGUUACAUAGGAGCUCUCUUUAUAAGUCAAACAGUUUCUUGAGGGGACUAAAGUCCAUUUAAAUAAGCUUUGUUUUCAGCCUUCUUUAUGAUAAACGUAGCCCCUGCAACACGUUUUUAGAAUUUAAAAUUGUAAAUACAUUUUACAAACACAUCACAUGAAUUCUCUCCUCCCCCCACCCCAAAGCAAUAAAAUACUGCCAGUUGCUUUAUAAGCUCACCAGCACCUGCUUUGGUUUAUUCCAGUAUUCACGUUGUCAUGGUAAUUAUUGUUAUUGGUGAAUAUAAAGAUACUGGAUUUGUACAUUUGUAGAGUCUCCAUAUCCAAGCAAUCACCUUACAGAGUUUUCCGGUCAAUUUAAACUGUCUAACUGUAUCCCUAUUGCUAUUUCCCGUACAUGAGCAAGCUCACCUGCCCUGCACAUACAAGUACAUCUGAUUUCUAUUUCAGCACUGCCAGAAAUGACAUCCAAUGCUGAAUCAUGUAAAAAUAAUGUUCAUGAGUCACUUAAAUAAGUAUUUUUAUUUGUAACAAAUAAGUAUUAAACUGUAAAGUAUUUUUGUACAAAUUUAAUACUUUAAUAGCAUGAUAUUUAUCGUCUAUGUAUGUUUUUUGAAAUUCAAACUGUUGCAAAUAUUUGUAUGGAAAAACUGUAUAAAUUGAAAUAAACAGUGAUUUAAAGACAUUAA